UUUUCUUUGCCGAUGAUAUUGGAGAAUAUACAACAGUUGUCCGAACCAAGUUCCCAAGUUUUCGUAAAGCAGAAAAGUGCAAAAAUGAUAAAGAGAAAAUGAUUGCUGAAAACGAUGAUAUAGCCGAUAUAAUUCUUUCUUGUAAAAAACUUAUUCAUGUUAACAACAUGACCGAGGAAGAAGAUCCUGAAUUAAGGCAAUCACAAGAAAGAGCCGAAAAUGCCGAAGAAACGGCACGCAAAAGAGAAGAAAAAUUACAACAAGAAUUUAAAGAAACUCUGGAUAAUUUAUCUAGUCAAUAUGCAGAAAGAGAAGAUAGGAUAGCCGCCGUGGUGGCAGAACAAAUGAACUCUAAAUUUAGCGAGGUGGAAGCAGCAUACGGCACAACAAUCAGUGAGUUAAAAAGCAUGAUAGAAAAAUUAAAUGAUCAUAUGAAUUCAGAAAGAGCUCAACAUCAAAAUGAUAUGAGGGAGAUGAGGAGUUUUUACGAUCAACAGUUUAAUCAAACCCGCCAAGCCUAUGAGAAUGCAGCCAGACCGAGAACCGAACCGAUACCGAUAUGUAAAAUAAUGUGA